AUGAAAUUUGAUAAAUUGCAUUCUCAUAAUUCAACUCCAAAAACAGUUGAAUUUAUAUCAACAACUAAAUCAACAUUUGUACCUCCACCACUUGGUUUAGAAAUCGUUACUAUGCCUAAUAACAAAAUUUUUGAUCUAUUUUUAAAAGGAUCUAUUAGUGCAAAAUAAAUGUUAUUAAUGGAUAAUAAUGAUAUCGAUAAAUCUGCUAGAAUUCCUCCAAAACGUUAAUAAACAAGACAUAAAUCAACUAAAAAAAACUAAUCUGACUAAAUUUUUAAUCUUGUUGAAAGAUUCUAACAAUAAAGAAAAUAAUCUAUUCUAAUUACAUAAAAUCAAAAACCUAUUAAUCCACCAAAAUUAUGUAGGAAAGAAACAUUAAUGUAAUUGACAUCUAGUACAAAAGAAUUGAUCUAACCAAUUUAAUAAUCUAGAUUCAGAAUACCAGUUAGAAAAUUUUCUUAAAGAAGUACUUCUAGUGGUAAAGAAGAAUAAUUAAUAAAAAGAUGUGAAAAACUAAGUGGAGAACGUUUAAAUGAAGAGGAAAAAGAACUAUUAUUAAAAAAAGAUAUAACUGAUGAAGAUACAUGGAAGAUAAUGAAUGUAUUUUAAAAGAAAAAAUGGUUUUUUGAUUAUGUUCACAGAAAUUUAGAUUAAUAAAAGUAAUAAUCAAGUUAACAAGAAAUUAAAUAAUAGGGCUAAUCUAUUUCUUUAUUUUAAAAAUUAAGAAAUACUGUACUCAAACAAUCAGAAGUCAAAAGAAAACCUGAAAAAUUAUGUUAAGAAUAUUACAAUCAUAUUUAAAAGUAUAUUUAUUAGUUAUAUAGUAUUGAAGAUUAAAUCAAAUAUCAUGUUUUUAAUAGAAAUUUACCUGAAUAAAUUAGAAAUCAUAAAAAGCCUAAUGUUAAAAUGUAUAGAUCUGAAUCAGAAGUUUCAAAAUUAAAUAUCAGAAAUAAGUUUAUUGAAGCAGUAGACAAGUUUAACAUCAAUUAAUCUAAUCCUUAAAUUUUAAAGGAUUUUUUUGAAAAUGAAAGCUAAACUUGCAGAUCCUAAGCUAGAAUAUCAAAAACAAAACUUACUUCUAGAAAAGUUCAAAGACCAUAAUUAUCUUAAGAAAAUGAUAUUUCUCAUGAAAGUUAAGGAGAUUCUUAUAAAAGUAUAACAGAAUUCAGACUCAAUGAGUUGUAUCAUGAAAGUAAAUAAAGAUAAAAAUAAUAUAAAUAAAAAUAUGACACUCCUUUCAUUGAUAAUGGGGAUUAAUUAUAAAGAAAAGUAAAAAAUUUAGUCAGAUUAGGUAAUUUAUAGAAUACUAUUUUAAAUGUGGUUUCAUUUAAACUACAAUAAUGA